AUGGCCUACAAGGCUGAGGCAGAGACAUGGAACCAACCCUACAUCGAACCAGACUCGAACAACUACUCUGCUUACCAGCGAGACAUAUAUGGAUCCCUGCGCGCGCCUCUCUUCUCGACCAAACCAGCUGAGUGGGAAGCAUUGGCCCGCUCCAAAGUCCCCGCAGCCAACUUUGGGUAUGUCUAUGGUUCAGCCAGCAGCGGACAGACCCAUGCCGCCAACAUCGCCGCUUUCGAUCACUACCGGCUUCGCCCGCACAUGCUGGUCAAUGCCACUCGACGAGAUAUAAGUGUCGAGCUGUUCGGGACCCGCUAUCCCACUCCCCUCCUGGUUGCCCCGGUCGGUGUCCAGAAGAUCAUGCACCGGGAUGCCGAAGAAGCCACGGCCAGAGCGUGUCAGAAAGUGCGCGUGCCAAUGAUCUUGUCGUCUGCCGCCACUCGUACCAUCGAGGAGGUCGCUGAAGCAAACGCGGACGGCGACCGGUGGUAUCAGCUCUACUGGCCCAGACCUCAAUGGGAGGAGGUCACGGUAAGCUUGUUGAACCGGGCAAAGGCCAAUGGGUACAAAGUCUUGGUUGUCACUCUGGACACUUUCAAUCUUGCAUGGAGACCUACAGACCUUGACAGUUCCUACUUACCUUUCAUUUGGGGUGACGGCUGUCAGAUAGGCCAUUCCGAUCCCGCUUUCCAGAGGAGGUAUGAGGAGAUGCAGAAGCGGGAUCCAAGGACCAGCAGCGAGAAACUGGCCGAACUUUGGGCAAUGCUGAAAAGGCCAGGCUCAAUCUACGGUGCAGCUAGGGUCUUGAUGAAUGUUCAUAUGUUGCAACGAUCGAGGGCGUGGCUGGAUGUCAUGAAUUCCGGGACUUACCGUGAAUGGCCACACCUGGAAAUCCUGAAGAAGUUGUGGGACGGCCCUAUUGUUUUGAAAGGAAUCCAAACCGUGGAUGACGCCCACAGAGCCAUCGACUAUGGCAUGGACGGCAUCAUUGUGUCGAACCAUGGUGGCCGGCAAUGCGACGGUGCCAUUGCUUCACUUGAUGCACUCGCCCAAAUCGCCGCGGAUGAAAGAGUUCAGCAAUCCAAGCUGACUCUUAUCUUCGACAGCGGCAUUCGCACCGGGAGUGACGUGCUGAAGGCGUUGGCUCUAGGUGCAAAAGCCGUAUGUAUCGGUCGACCGUACAUGUAUGGGCUCGCAAUCCAAGGAGAGCAAGGGGUUGAACACGUCCUCCGAUGUUUGUUGGCAGAUACGGAUAACAUGCUUGGGAAUGUCGGUAAGAAGAGGAUAAGAGACCUUAGCAGGCACGAUUUGCAGAUUGGUCGAGACUCGAAGCUCUAG